AUGGUUGUGAAGGUGUAUGGCCCAGACUAUGCUACCACUAAGAGGGUGAUAGUGUGUUUGAUAGAGAAGGAAGUUGAGUUUGAAACAGUGCACGUUGAUGGCUUUAAGAAAGAGCACAAGCAGCCUGAGUACCUCAAGUUGCAGCCAUUUGGAUUGUUUCCUGUUGUUCAAGAUGGUGAUUAUACUAUUUAUGAGUCACGGGCAAUACUGAGAUAUUUUUCAGAAAAGUACAAAAAUCAAGGGACUGAUUUGUUGGGGAAGACAAUAGAGGAGAGAGGACUUGUGGAGCAAUGGCUUGAAGUUGAAGGCCAUAACUAUAACCCACCAAUCUACAACUUGGUGGUGAAUAUUAUGGUUCCGGCAUUAUUUGGAGAACCAUCGGACCCAAAGGCUAGUGAAGAAGAUGAAGAAAAGCUUGGAAAAGUGCUUGACAUUUACGAGGAGAGGCUAUCCAAGACAAAGUACUUGGCAGGAGAUUUCUUCAGCCUUGCUGACCUUAGCCAUCUUCCUUUUACUUACUAUUUGAUGAAUCAAAUGAAGAAAGGGUAUAUGGUUAGACAAAGGAAGCAUGUGAGUGCUUGGUGGGAUGAUAUUAGCAACAGGCCUUCUUGGAAGAAGGUUCUCCAACUCUACAAACACCCUUUUGAAUCCCUUGACUAG